AUGGGCUCGUCUUCCAAUCUCCCCUUCGAACUAAAAGACCCAGACCUCCUGAAGCAGGAGUCCUACGUCCAUGGCGAAUGGGUGCAAGCGAAAUCCGGCAAACGCUUCGACAUCAUCGACCCGGGUUCUGACAAAGUGUGGGCUAGCUGCCCCGACAACGCAGUUGAAGAUGUCGACGCUGCGAUCCAGUCCUCCUACAAAGCAUUUCAGGACUAUAAGAUACUCAACCCGCGCAAGCGUGCCCAACUCCUUUAUAAAUGGCACGAACUCAUCACCAACGCAAAAGAAGACCUCGCCAAGAUCCUCACCUACGAGACGGGGAAACCCAUUGCCGAGUCAAUCGGCGAGCUUGACUACUCUCUCGGAUUCACAUGGUGGUUUGCUGGUGAAGCCGAACGCAUCCACGGCUCGGUAUUUACGCCUUCCGCGCCCAACCGCCGCACUUUUGUUGUGAAGCAGCCCAUAGGCGUUGCCGUCGCUCUCGUGCCGUGGAACUUUCCCAUCGCCAUGAUCCUUCGAAAAGCCGGCGCGGCCUUCGCGGCAGGGUGUACCAUGGUGGUUAAGCCUUCGCCCGAAACACCACUGACGUGCCUUUCGCUCGCCUACUUGGCCACGAAAGCCGGCUUCGCGCCCGGAGUAUUCAACGUGCUGACGACAAGCUUGGACAACACGCCGUCGCUGAGUGAAGCUAUGUGCCUGCAUCCCUUGGUGAAGAAGGUGACGUUCACCGGCUCCACGCGCGUCGGUAAGAUCGUCGCGGGUCUGUGCGCCAAGAACCUCAAGAAAUGCACCCUCGAACUCGGCGGAAACUGCCCCUUCAUCAUCUUCGACGACGCAGAUCUCGAACAAGCUCUCGCACAAUUCAUGGCCCUGAAAUGGCGUCAUGCCGGACAGGCCUGCAUUUCUGCCAACCGAGUGUACGUGCAAUCCGGAGUCUAUGACAAGUUCACGCAGAUGCUCGUGGAGAAGACAAAGGCCCUCAAGGUCGGCCACGGCGCCGAGAAGGGCACGACCAUGGGCCCCGUCACCACUCCGCGCGGUCUCGCCAAGGCCGAAGAACAAGCCGCCGACGCGAUCAAGCACGGCGCGAAACUACAACUCGGCACGGGCAAGGCGUACAAGAACGCGACCGCCGACGAGGGCGCCGGCUCCGGAAAGGGCCUGUCGGGAUAUUUCAUGGACCCGACCAUCCUGACGGAUAUGAAUGACCAGAUGCUCAUCGCCAAGGAAGAGACCUUUGCGCCCGUCACGGGCCUGUUUAAAUUCGAGAAGGAGGAGGAGGCGGUCAAGUGGGCCAACGACACGAGCAUGGGACUGGCGAGCUAUGCGUUUACCAAGAACGUGGACCGGAUCUGGCGGAUGUUGGAGAAUCUCGAGGCAGGCAUGAUUGGGCUGAAUACUGGCAACUCUUCUGCCGCCGAGUCGCCGUUUGGGGGCAUCAAGGAGAGUGGCUAUGGCAAGGAAUCGGGCAAGGAUGUCGCUGUCAAUGAGUACUUGAUUUCCAAGACGGGGACGCUCACGAUCGACGGGCAGUAUUAG